AUGGCAUCACUGAGGGAAAAUUCCCACCGUGCGCGCUGGGAAAAGCUCUCUAGUGUUGCGAGGACCUGGUAUCGAUGGAGCAGUACCAGCCCGCAAACACCAGUUCCAGAGCCUGUGAUCUUCUCUGGGAUUCAGCCCACCGGUGUCCCUCAUUUGGGUAACUACCUGGGGGCUCUCCUUCCAUGGGUGAAGCUGCAGCAAGAUGCAAGCCCUGGGACCAAGCUGUUCUUCUCCAUUGUCGACCUCCAUGCAUUGACAGUGCCGCAAAACGCCUCUCAAUUGAAAAAGUGGAGAGCCGAGGCAUUUGCAACUCUCCUUGCUGUGGGACUGGACCCGAAUCGCUCCACGAUCUUCUACCAGUCUGCUGUGCCUGCACACGCGGAAUUGAUGUGGAUCCUGAGCACCGUUGCUUCAAUGGGGUAUCUUUCGCGGAUGACCCAGUGGAAGAGCAAACUACAAUUGCCAGAAGACACAACACUGGAGCAUUCGGAGGCACGGGCACAGCUGCGACUGGGACUUUUUUCUUAUCCUGUGCUCCAAGCUGCCGACAUUCUCGUCCAUAGAGCUACUCAUGUCCCGGUAGGCGAGGACCAACGACAGCACUUGGAGUUCUCCAGAUACACGGCCAAUAGCUUUAACCACCUCUUUGGGGAUCUGUUUCCUAUUCCCGAGGCGUUGAUCUCUCCCGCCAAGCGAGUUAUGUCGCUCAAAGAGCCAACCUCUAAAAUGUCCAAGUCCCACGCCGAUGAGCGAUCGAGGGUUCUUCUUACCGAUUCCCCGGCCAGCAUUCACAAGAAGGUUAAAGUCGCCCUCACAGACUCAGAGCCCAUGAUCACAUACGAUCCGAUCCAUCGUCCUGGUGUUUCCAAUUUGAUUGAGAUCCUCAGUCAUUUUGAGGAUAUCCCAUGCGAUAUUAUUGCCUCGGAGUAUCAAAACGCAAGCCUCCGAUCGUUGAAGGAGCACGUGGCUGGGCGGAUCGUCCAUCAUCUUCACGACAUCCGCGAGCGGUACCAGCAAAUCAUGGCGGACCAGAUUCAGCUGGAAGUGAUUGCUCAGCAAGGAGCUGAAGCUGCUCAGGCGAACACGAACAGGACCAUGAACCGAGUUCGGGACGCUCUGGGGCUGUGA